GGUGACCUUGGCCAAAUUUCCACUCACUUGCCCCACCCACCAUGUUCAUCACCAUGUUCUUCAUGCACGCCCAUCCCAUUGCCUUGCAGUCCAAUGGGAUGUGCAUCUGCAAAGAACAUGGCGGCAGCUUUUUCCACAACCUCUGGUACAGCAAAGCUGGCUGGGGAAUUUUGGGAGUUGAAGUCCUCCAGGCUUAAAGUGGCCAAGGUUGGAGACCGCUGUUCUGGAGUCCAUUUAAGUUCAUGCCAAUUGCUUCAGUGACUCCAUCCAGCCACCUCCUUCUGUGCCGUACUCUUCUUCUUGUUUUGCCCUCCAUCAUUCCCAGCAUCCGGCUCUUCUCCAGGGAGUCCUUCUUUCUCAUUAGGUGGCCAAAGCAUUUGCAUUUCCUCUUCAGGAUUAAUAUUAAGUUAAUUAACAGUUCUGCUUAAGUGGUGUAAUUUGGUAUAAAUUGUCUCUAUUAUUCUGUCAUAUUUUUAAAUCAUCUUAUUUGUGAUGUAUUGUUUGUUUAAUGAUUUCAGCUCUGCUAAAUCUAUAUGUAAUCCAAGAAGGAGAAGGAAAAGGACACCCAAUGUUUUUUUUUAAAGAGUAAAAAUAGCAACUACUGCUGCUCCGUGCCCAGCAUUAUGGGCCUCCCAAGGGAGAUGGGUAUUUCUUCAACCCUUCCAAUUUCAUCCUCCUUCCACCUUGCCCAGCAUUAUGGGUCUCAUUACGGCUUCGGGAGAAUUACGACCCUCGCGGCCUCCCGUAGACGAAGCGGCAACAGCCACCCUCGCCGAGAGUGCGCCUGCGUGGUCGUCCCAGGCGCGUGCGCAGUGGCGCCGAAGACCGCUCGGCGCGGUUGCCAUGGAGCCGGAAGGGGCCUACGAGCCAGGCUUCGUGGGGAUCCGCUUCUGCCAGGAAUGCAACAACAUGCUGUAUCCGAAGGAGGACAAGGAGAACCGGAUCCUGCUCUACGCGUGCCGGAACUGCGACUACCAGCAGGAAGCUGACAACAGCUGCAUCUACGUCAACAAGAUCACCCAUGAAGUGGACGAAUUAACACAGAUCAUCGCUGAUGUCUCCCAGGAUCCCACUCUGCCCCGGACGGAGGAUCACCCAUGUCAGAAGUGUGGCCACAAAGAAGCCGUCUUUUUCCAAUCUCACAGCGCCAGGGCUGAGGAUGCCAUGCGCCUCUACUAUGUCUGCACAGCCCCCCACUGCGGUCAUCGUUGGACAGAGUGAAGCUCUCCGAGAUGAUCACUACCUGCCAGGCCUCCUCCUGUCUCCCGGCCCACCGAUGACUUCCCCGCUGCGAUUCUCCGCUAUUUAUCCAUUCAGCCUGUCUGAAUUGUCCUUUGCUCUAAUAAAUGAUUUAUUUUUU